AUGCCGGAGAAGGUUCGAACCGUGUUCGCCGACUCAGGCGAUGAGAAGGUAGUGACCAAGCCGGUCCUUGUAACACAAGAAGAGCCCGCACACAAGAAGAAGAGGAGUAAGAAGCGAAAGCUCGAUGAGCCCGAAGCUCCCAAGGUCGCCGAUCGCGAUGAGCCAAGUAAAGUCGCUGCGCCUGUGAGGCAGGUAAAAGAGACAGCACCUGCGCCUCAAAAACAGGAAACCACUGCGCUUCGCCUCAAUGGUGCCCCACCAUCGAAAUCAAUCCCGAAGUCGAAGUCGAGACCCUUCGCAGAUACCAAAACCAACUUCACACCUCUACGAGAAAAGGCCAAGGCCCUUCUCGAGACGCGGCGCAAACUCCCGGUCUUUGAAAAUGCCGACUUGAUUCGAAACUCCCUACGUGAACAGGACGUGAUGCUUUUGGUUGGUGAAACCGGUAGCGGAAAGAGUACCCAGAUCCCACAGUUCUUGGUGGACGAAUUUUGGUGCCGACCUGUGCCUACGGAAGUCACGCGAGAUGGAAAGAAGGAGAAAAAAACGGUCGGCGGGUGCAUCGCUAUCACACAGCCUCGACGAGUCGCUGCUAUCUCGCUAGCUCGCCGUGUUGCCGAGGAGAUGGGUACACCACUUGGAAAUCACUCACCAGCCAGCAAGGUUGGCUACUCAGUGCGUUUUGAUACGUCGGUGUCACCUAGCACGCGGGUCAAAUUUUUGACCGAGGGAAUGCUGCUUCAGGAGAUGCUGCACGAUCCUUAUCUAACUAAGUACAGCGCUAUCGUUGUUGAUGAGGUCCACGAACGAGGUAUCAAUGUGGAUCUGACACUUGGAUUCCUGCGUAAUCUUGUCUCUGGGACUCUCGAGGGCCGUGGUGGUGUGCCGCUCAAAGUGGUCGUCAUGAGUGCCACAGCCGACAUGGAGAGCUUGACGGGAUUUUUCCAAGAAGGAUACAAACUCCCCGAAACCGAAAAAGAAAACAAGACCAUCGAAAAUGGAGCCGAGGCCGAUGGAAUGAAUAGCUCCAUCUCUAAGGAGAUUUCUUCAAAACAAUUUACUCGCCUGCACCGGUUCACGACUUUGUGGAUGCAGCGCUUAAGACCAUUUUCCAGAUCCAUCAAAAGGGAGCCAAUGCCUGGUGAUAUUCUUGUCUUCUUGACGGGUCAAGAAACUGUGGAGGCCUUGGAACAUCUUGUGAACGAGUAUGCGAUGGGAAUGGACCCAUCGCUCCCUAAGAUUCUGGUUCUACCGCUAUUCGCAGCGCUGCCACAGGCUGCUCAACAGCGUGUCUUUGCGCCUGCUCCACCACGAACUCGCAAAAUUGUGCUGUCUACUAACAUUGCCGAGACAUCCGUUACUGUGUCUGGCGUUCGCCAUGUAAUUGAUUGUGGCAAAGCAAAGGUCAAGCAGUUCCGCACUCGCCUUGGCUUGGAUUCGCUCCUGGUUAAGCCUAUCUCCAAGUCAGCCGCAAUCCAGCGGAAGGGUCGUGCUGGCCGUGAGGCCCCUGGACAAUGUUUCCGGCUGUACACAGAGAAGGAUUACCUGGCUUUAGAUGAGACGAACACUCCCGAAAUUCUGCGAUGUGAUCUCAGCCAAGCACUGCUUAACAUGAAGGCCCGUGGUGUGGAUGAUAUUGUCCGAUUCCCAUUUUUGACGCGACCACCGCGUGAAGCACUCGAGAAGGCGCUUCUGCAGCUUUUGAAUAUUAAUGCCCUGGAAGAAUCUGGUACUAUCAGCGCUAUUGGUCUACACAUUGCCAAGCUACCUUUGACACCAACUCUGGGACGAGUGCUUUUGGCAGCCGCCGAAAAUGGACCAGAAUGUUUGAUUGAUGUCAUUGAUAUUAUCUCAUGUCUCAGCGUGGAGAAUAUUUUCAUCAAUACCAGCUCAGAGGAGAAGAAAGAAGCAGCAGAAGCAGCACGUCGGGAUCUCUAUCGUCGCGAGGGCGACCACCUGACGAUGCUGACAACUGUACGAGUCUACGCCGCUGAACACUCCGACCGUAAGGCAUGGGCGGAGCGCCACCUAGUCUCUCACCGAGCAAUGCAAUCGGUCAUGGACGUUCGUAAACAACUUCGCACCCAAUGCCGACAAGCCAAGCUUCUCACGAACGAAGCGCUAAAUUCAAAUUCUUUACACGACCCUUCGCCGAUCCUCAUCCUCCAAAGCUUCCUGGCUGGCUUCGCCACCAAUACUGCCCGCCUUGUGCCAGACGGCAGCUAUCGCACGGUCGUGGGAAACCAAACCGUCGCUAUCCACCCAUCAAGUGUACUCUUUGGCAAAAAGGUCGAGGCAAUCAUGUACAACGAGUUUGUCUUCACCAACCGCAGUUACGCGCGCGGCGUAAGCGCUGUACAGAUGGAUUGGGUUGGAGAGGCCCUGGCUGGGACGGAUUAA